UCUCCUUAAACAUCCCCAAAACCCUUAGCGGGGCCUGAGGGGUGCAGCUGGGAGCUCAGGAGGGCCAGAACAGCCCCCUCCGUGCUCACACCUCGCCGCCCUCCUCCCUCGUGUCCCCGCUUCGCACACCGCUGCCUUGUUCACCAGCACCUCCACCGGGCCGGGCCUCCAAAGGCAGCGGGGGCCCGGGCUGUCCCUUUAAGAGGCCCCAGCACCGUGUCAGCCGGGCUCCUGCCUGCCUCCCUUCUUCCAUCCUUCCCUGCCUCCUUCCCUCCCUCCCUGCCUCCCUCCUUCCCUCCCCUUCCGCAGCGCCGCGGCUCGGGGCGCCGCCGGAGCCGGGCCGCGAUGGGCGGCCGCGGGCAGCCUCCGGAGCCUCGCCGCCAGCCUCUGCUUGCAGAGCCGCGCCGGGGAGGCUGCUGCGGGGCCGCGGGGCGCUCCGGCACCGCCGGGUAGCGGCCGGACUCGCCGCCCUGCGCCUGGAGGCCAGCACAAUAGCUGGGAGGAGGAGACAGGGAAAGGGGCAGGGGGAAAGGAGGAGAGAGAAGAGAGAAAGCACAACACGGGGGCUGGCCGGGGGAGGACGGAGCGGAGGGUUGCCGAGAGCGGCUGCACUGAGCAGCAGGGCCGGGACGGCAGCGGCAGGAGGUGGGUGGGUGGGGGGCGAUAUUUACCUUCUCUCCCCCACCCUGAGCUUGCUCCUUUGUCCACCUCCCCUUUGAAGUGCUCUGAAAUCGCCGGGUGGGAGCGUUGUUGUUCGCUAGCAAAAGAGCGGUCAUGAAGGGGGGAGAGUAGCGAGUGCACGGGGGCUGGGGCCGGCGAGAGGUGGAGGAGGCGAGGAGCAGAGAUUGUUCCGAGGAUUGCCGUUUGUCUCCCAGUUCCUCCGCAUGGACCGCAAAAGAGACGCGUUGAGUUGACCCUGCCGGAGCUGUUUCUGCUUCUACAUGUGAGAUCCGGUUGCUUUAUUCUCUUCGGCUAUCUCUCUCCAGCUUCCCUCCCUUAUUCUCCACAUAUUUACUCCUGUAUGCAAAAUGGUGGACCCUGUGGGGUUUGUGGAGGCUUGGAAAGCACAAUUUGCAGACUCUGAGCCUCCUAAAAUGGAGCUGAAAUCUGUGGGAGAUAUUGAACAGGAGCUGGAGAUGUGCAAAGCAUCUAUCCGGAGACUGGAGAUGGAGGUCAACAAGGAGAGGUUCCGCAUGAUUUACCUGCAGACUCUUUGGCAAGGAGGAAAAAAAAGCUAUGAUAGACAGAGAUGGGGUUUUAAACGUGUUUCUCAGUUGCCUGAAGGGGGUGCAGAGCAGCAGAUCCAGGACCUGCAUCAUCACCAGUCUGCUGACCAAGAUGAAUAUGAAAAAAGCAAGUCACACCACGGGGAGGAAAAGUUCAAACCCAGGAUACCUUCUCUGCGGAAGCUGUCUACCCAGAGCGACGGGUCAGACCUGUCGCCUUUGGACAGUCCCCAUCACGGGGAGGGAGAGCAGGACAGGUGUAAGUACUAUGGCGAAGAGAAACUGAAGAGAGUUGUAGAAGAUACAGAGACUCGCUGCGAUACAGAUGGAUCUCCUUCAAAACACAGAUCGGCUUCCACUCGCAGGCUAGCGGGAUCUGCUGAGAAGGAGGCAUCUUUUGAACCUAUUUCUAAGGACAGAGGGAACAGCACCAGUGUGGCAGCCCUAAGGUCUAACUUCGAGAGGAUUAAAAAGGGGAAUUCACAUCAUUCUGGAGAUAACAAGGAUGUUGUUGAAAAGCCCUUCUAUGUGAACAUGGAGUAUCAUCACGAGAAGGGUCUAGUGAAGGUCAAUGAUAAAGAUGUUUCUGAUAAAAUAAGCUCUCUUGGUAGCCAAGCCAUGCAAAUGGAACGCAAAAAAUCCUUGCUCCUUCCUUCUACCGUGGUACCCAGCUUCAAUGAAUUCCAGAGGCCUGCUUACAGGGGAAGGUCCUCAGACAGUUUUGGCUAUGAUGGAGAAUACGAGGAUGCUGAACUGAACCCCAGGUUUCUCAAAGAUAAUCUGAUUAAUGCCAAUGGCAGCAACCGCUCACCUUGGCAGCCCAUGGACUUUCAGCCCUAUCAAAGUAUCUAUGUUGGUGGAAUGAUGGGGGAGGCAGAAGGGAAAGGACCUAUCCAGAAUCAGAGUACAACCGACCAGGAAAAACACCUCACUUGGCCCAGGAGAUCUUAUUCCCCAAGGAGUUUUGAAGAUAUUGGAGGAGGAUAUACUCCUGAUUGUAGCUCUAAUGAGAACCUUACCUCCAGCGAGGAAGACUUCUCUUCAGGGCAGUCCAGCCAUGUCUCCCCCAGCCCCACCACUUACCGCAUGUAUCGGGAUAAAAGUCGUUCUCCAUCCCAGAACUCUCAGCAGUCCUUUGACAGCAGCAGUCCACCGACCCCCCAGUCUCAAAAACGGCACCGGCAGCAGCAGGUCGUUGUGUCUGAGGCUACUAUUGUGGGUGUACGAAAAACAGGACAGAUAUGGCCAAGUGACGGAGAUUUGCCUUCUGGGAGAUGUCACCAGGACAGCUGCUUCCACGGGGAUGCAGAUGCUUCGUUCAGUGGCACACCACCUAGCUAUGCGUACGAUGCAGACCGGGCUGAAGAACAGAGGCGACAUCAUGAUAUGAUGCCCUAUAUUGAUGAUUCACCUUCAUCUUCACCUCAUCUCAGUUCCAAGAGUCGGGGCAGCCGAGACACUUUAUCUUCAGGGUCUCUGGAAUCUACAAAGUCCAGUGAGCCAGAUCUGGAGAAAGGCCUGGAGAUGAGAAAAUGGGUCCUGUCAGGAAUCCUGGCCAGUGAGGAAACCUACCUGAGCCACCUGGAGGCUCUGCUGCUGCCUAUGAAGCCUUUGAAAGCAGCUGCCACCACAUCUCAGCCUGUGCUGACUAGUCAGCAGAUUGAGACAAUAUUCUUCAAAGUGCCUGAGCUCUAUGAGAUCCACAAAGAAUUCUAUGAUGGGCUCUUUCCCCGAGUGCAGCAGUGGAGUCACCAGCAACGCGUAGGAGACCUCUUCCAAAAGCUGGCCAGCCAGCUGGGAGUGUACCGGGCCUUUGUGGAUAACUAUGAAGUUGCUAUGGAGACAGCAGAGAAAUGCUGCCAAGCCAAUGCUCAGUUUGCUGAAAUCUCUGAGAAUCUAAAGGCUAGAAGCACAAAGGAAUCUAAAGAUCAGACGACGAAAAAUUCCUUGGAAACUCUCCUAUACAAACCAGUGGAUCGAGUGACUCGCAGCACACUUGUACUGCAUGAUUUGCUCAAGCACACUCCAGUGAGCCAUCCUGAUCAUCCACUCCUGCAGGAUGCCCUGCGGAUCUCGCAGAAUUUCCUUUCCAGCAUCAAUGAAGAGAUCACUCCUCGUCGGCAGUCCAUGACUGUAAAGAAGGGGGAGCACCGGCAGCUCCUGAAGGACAGCUUCAUGGUGGAGCUAGUUGAGGGGGCUCGCAAACUACGUCAUGUCUUUCUUUUUACUGAUCUAUUCCUCUGUGCCAAGCUCAAGAAGCAGAUUGGAGGAAAAAGCCAGCAGUAUGACUGUAAAUGGUACAUCCCACUCACGGACCUUAGUUUCCAAAUGGUGGAUGAGUCUGAGGCAGUGCCCAACAUCCCACUGGUACCUGAUGAGGAGCUGGAUGCCAUGAAGAUCAAGAUAUCCCAGAUCAAGAAUGACAUCCAGCGUGAAAAGAGAGCCAAUAAGGGCAGCAAGGUCAUUGAGAGGUUGAAAAAGAAGCUCUCAGAGCAGGAAUCACUCCUACUGCUGAUGUCGCCCAACAUGGCCUUCCGGGUACACAAUCGCAAUGGCAAGAGUUACACGUUCCUCAUUUCAUCGGAUUAUGAAAGGGCAGAGUGGAGGGAGAACAUCCGGGAGCAGCAGAAGAAAUGCUUUAAAAGCUUCUCGCUCACAUCAGUGGAGCUUCAGAUGCUGACCAACUCCUGUGUGAAACUUCAGACAGUCCACAACAUUCCCCUCACUAUCAACAAGGAAGAUGAUGAAUCCCCAGGUCUCUACGGAUUCCUGAAUGUCAUUGUCCACUCUGCCACAGGAUUCAAACAAAGUUCAAAUUUGUACUGCACAUUAGAGGUGGAUUCUUUUGGGUAUUUCGUGAACAAGGCUAAAACUAGAGUUUACAGAGACACCACGGAGCCCAACUGGAACGAGGAGUUUGAAAUUGAGCUGGAAGGCUCACAAACUCUGCGGAUUCUGUGCUAUGAAAAGUGCUACAACAAAAUGAAGCUCACCAAAGAGGACGGAGAGAGCACAGAUCGCAUAAUGGGGAAAGGACAGAUCCAGCUGGACCCACAGGCUUUGCAGGACAAAGACUGGCAGCGCACAGUCAUCUCAAUGAAUGGGGUUGAAGUGAAGCUGUCGGUGAAGUUUACCAGUCGAGAGUUUAGCCUGAAAAGGAUGCCGUCACGGAAACAGACAGGGGUCUUUGGGGUCAAGAUCGCUAUUGUCACCAAGAGAGAGAGAUCAAAGGUGCCUUACAUAGUGCGCCAGUGUGUGGAGGAGAUAGAGCGACGUGGGAUGGAGGAGGUGGGCAUCUACCGUGUCUCUGGGGUUGCAACCGAUAUCCAGGCUCUGAAAGCUGCCUUUGAUGUCAAUAACAAGGAUGUGUCAGUGAUGAUGAGCGAGAUGGAUGUUAAUGCCAUUGCAGGCACGUUGAAACUGUACUUCCGAGAACUACCUGAACCGCUCUUUACCGAUGAACUGUACCCCAACUUUGCGGAGGGCAUUGCACUUUCAGAUCCUGUUGCAAAGGAAAGCUGCAUGUUGAAUCUAUUGCUAUCACUUCCAGAACCCAACCUUGUGACAUUCCUUUUCCUUUUGGACCAUUUAAAAAGGGUUGCUGAGAGGGAAAGUAUCAACAAGAUGUCCCUGCAUAAUCUUGCAACUGUCUUUGGACCAACACUGCUCAGACCUUCAGAGAAGGACAGUAAAAUUCCUGCUAACCCAACCCAGCCUAUAACAAUGACUGAUAGUUGGUCACUAGAAGUCAUGUCCCAGGUUCAAGUCCUUCUGUACUUCCUGCAGCUAGAGACCAUCCCUACCCCAGACAGCAAGAGACAAAGCAUUCUCUUUUCCACAGAGGUAUAAACGCCUGUGAUACCAACAGGACUCAAAAAACUGCUCUUGGCAUAAAUCUGCCUCUCCGGAGAAAGAGAAGACUGGUGUUUCUUCAGACAUUUCUGGCCAGUUCCUGUCCUGGGGAAUUAUGGCCCUCAGUGCUUCUGUUGUUUGUUAACCAGAGACAAGCUGAAGAGAAAGGAGAAAAAUCUCUACUUUUGAUCAGUAGAACCAGAAAGAAUUGAACUGGAGAUAGAGCUGUGCGGAAUCUCCACUAGAAGGAGCAAUAGACACUUGAACAAAUGCACCACAGAGUGUGGCUGUUAUUCUUGUUGGGAAUGUGACAGAAGGUAUUCCUCAUUUUAUGGAUUUAUCAUAAAGAAACUUCAAGAUUUCUACUGGACCACUUGAUUAGGAUACCCUUUUUUGGGUGAGGGGGAGUUAAAAGAUCUAUCACAACUGUGUCUUUAAUAACUGCUGUUUUUAAAGUACUGUUCUAGGCCACAAAAAUAGCAUUGCUUUGCAAGAAGAGGAGAGAAGGGAAGGGUCUGGGAUCUAAGAUUACCUCCUCAGAAAUUCAAAUCUUGAUUUGAACAGGGUUCUAAAGAAAUGGAACAGUUUUGCAUACAACUAGAACUUUUUCUUUUUUGUCUUGCCCACCCCCUCCCCUGCAAAUGUUUAUACAAACUCUAGGGAAGGAGAUGCCCUGCUCUUGCCUAUGUUGCACUUCAGAUGUUUGGUUGGGGGGGGUUAAGGGACCCAGACCCAACAAGGUUACAGUAUAAAUAAAUACAGCAAAUUAGAGAAAGGCAGGGAGGAUUUGAGUCAGUGCUUUGUGAUUGUGUUGUUUGUUUGCAUAUAAAAGCAGGAGCAAUACUAUCCAGAGAGGAUUGCUGAAUUCCUUAGACCCUGCCAAACUUAAUGAAAAUUAAUUGGGAAGGCUGUUAAUUUCCAACACUCCAAAGAAAUGAUGUUAUCAUUGCAAAAAUAAUUGAAGCAUUUCUGGACAAAACAAAUUAUUAGUGGCUAUCAGGUUGGCUGGCUGCUUACUCCAAACUUCUGUCAUAACAGCUUUUUGUUUGUUUCUUUUGAUACUUGAAUUUUUGGAGGCUUUGUACAUUGCUUCUACAAGAGUCUUUUUCUGAUAGAUAUAAAUACUUUGAUAAAAUAUGUCAGAAUGUACUUUAUGGACAACCUAGCCAGUAGCAUGCAUGUGUAUUCUUCAGAAACUUCAACCUUGUUUUAAAUAAGAGCAGGGAAGAAAUUUCUGUGGAACUACAUACAGCAGUACAAAAGGUCUAGCUAAAUACUAGCUUUGUGUUUUCCUGCCUAACUUGGUCAAAGCCACGGGGGUUACAUAGGCGUAAAGGGCAGCAGUAUUUGUCUAGGGAAUUGAAAGCAUAAUCUAAUUGCUUAAUCCAGAGCAAAGUAUUCUGGCUAUGAAACAGUUGUGCCAAACAUCUUGGGGGAGGUGGGAAUUAUUCCAUUUUCAUAAAGUAAUCCAGCCCCCUUUACUUCCUACCCGGUUAUGCAGCAUCCAGUUAGCGGCAACCAUCCAUCAUCCUGGCAAGAAGAAAAGUGCAGCUCAAAGAUGAGGGAAGGAAUCAGCAAGGGAAGAAGGAGGGAGGGACGGAUUUUGAAAGAAGUAAUUGGUAUAGUUAGGUUGUCAACAUCAUUUGAGUGGAAAUACCAUGAAGAAAGCAACCCUCGUUAUGCUGAAUUUCACGUUUUCUGAUGAUGAGUAAUCUGCAAUCUCUCAAUUAGAAAAACAAAACCCAAAACAAACAAAACCAACAACAAUAUAAUAAUAA